AUGUCCGCAUGUAUAUAUGUAUCCCAGCUCACCAUCAAGGCUACCUUUUUCUUGAGCCAACACCCCUAUAGAAACAUCACUUUUAAUUCACUUUCAACAAAAGGCUACACUACAAAUUCAGACAUCAUGAGUUCAAACAACACUAAUUAUAAUACUACUACGAGCGGUACCUUGACAAAUGGAGUCACAAAUGGUACCGUUGUCGCUGGUGGCACCUCUGGUAAUACGCCUACCGUUACCAACCCGGCACCUCCAUCAACACCCGUUAAUGGUGAAGUAAAUCCCACAACGGACGGUACUAUUACAACAAAUGGAGUUUGAUGGGCGGAGAUUGCUUCACAUGUAGGCGAAGGCUCGCCAUUGGGCAAUUAAUGGACUACCAGACCAUCAUGGGACUUGUUAGCAAGUUUCUUCUAUAGCCCAGUCAUUUAGGACAUUAAUAACAUCAAUAUCGUAUUUG